AUGGCAACAGUGCCGCCGGCCACGGGCAAGCGCAAGCGCAAGCGCAUGAGCAAACCACUGGCAACGCCGACGUCGGCCGCGUCCUCCACCAUCGACGCGCAGCUCCAGACGCUCGAGAACUGGCACAGGGCUCUGACCAUCGACCUGCGCGAGCUGCGGCGCGAGGGCUCUCGCGUUCGCGCAGACGUCACAAAAGUCCACGACACAGUCCACGCAGCGGUCGAAGAGACCGCGCGCUGUGCGGCACAGACGCAACAAGCAGUCACGACCAGCAGCCAGACGAAAGACGAGACACAGCAGCAGCUCCGGGCCGCCGACACGCGAUGGAACGCGGCGUUGGGUCACCUGAGCGCUCGCGUGACGGCGAUCGAGACAGAGCUGCGCCGGUUGACGGGCACGAGCAUUACGGAGGAGUUUCUGUUGACGCAGCUGACGGAGCUCCAAGAGCACUAUGAGGACGAACUGGCUCAGGUGCGUGAGGGUCGCGACGCGGCCGUGGCGACGCAGCAGCAGCAGCUGACAAAGAUGGAGACAGUGAUGGUCAAAGUGCAAGACGAGACGACGCACGAGUUUCGGUUGCUGGCGAAAAUGGUGCAGUCGUUGAAGGACCAAAUCGAUGGUGGGAUAAUGUUGCAGAGAGCAAUGCCAGAGGAAGUCGUGUCGUGGCAAGCGAUGCAGCAGCUGCAGCAGCAAGUGGAGAAGAUGGAGAGCGAGAAGCGGAAGGAAGCGCACCGCACUAAAGCAGAGCUGCAAGCGCUGACGAACAGAGUGGUCGAGAUGGAGAAGCAAAGUGUUGCUGCGCAUGGAGCGUCGGCUCGUCUUGCGGUGGAUGAAACGGAGAAGCAGGCAGGUAUGGUCGCAGUAGGAUGGGCAGCGCCGGACUCUGGCAACCCAUCUCAUGGGUCACAAAGCGUUGUGCGUCAAGAAGAUUUGGUCGGGAUUCAGAAUGAAUUACGACGGAUCGACCAAGACUUUCAUGCGGUUGGUGUCGAUAUUGCGUCGCUUGCAAAGCAGAUCUCUGCUCGUGAGAGCCAUCAGAAGCAGUUUGCUGAAACGAGAUUGCAAGAACUCAGCUCGCAGCUGUUUGAUGCGCUCAGUCAUGAUUCACGGCUGCAUGCUGCUGAGAUUACGCGUCUAAAAGACGCCGUGUUUGACGUGCAGAGCAGGCACCAUGAAUUUGAUCAGGGGAUGCGGCGACUGCAAGAUGCCGUCGAACACGCAAUCGCUGCUCGACAAGACCGCGACAAAGACUUGGACUGGCACUACUACGGAAGAACUCCACCCCCCGUACCGCUGACAUCGCAGCCAUCGCGACCGCCAUCAGUAACAUCUCGUGAUUAUCGAGACAGACCGCCCUCACGUUAUGAUCCACCGCAAGAGUCUCCUCCACAUGAUCGGAUCACAUGGGCGCCCUCUCGUCAUGAUCCACCGCCUGGGUCUCCGCCACAUGACCGUAUCACAUGGGCGCCCUCACGACAUGACCUACCGCGUGAGUCUCCGCCGCAUAAUCGUAUCGCAUGGGCGCCAAAAAGAAGACAUCGUAGUCGAAGCCGAAGUCCACGUCGUCGGAGUCGGAGCCGGAGCCCGCACAAUCGUUCAUCUUGGGGUGAACCUGGCUACCGGUCAUGUGAUAGUGAUCAUGGAUCGGCGACAUUUGGCCAAAAUGCUCACAGGGAUGAUCGCUUUCGCUACAGCAGUCCACGAAGCAACCCGCAAAGUGAUGAAGAAGUAGAUGUUGCCAUGAAUGCGGACUCGUCGCUAGCAAAUUCUCCGCAAGCUACUUACCGGGAGACCAGACGAGACGCAAUCGAGCAGAGUCAAGAAAACCAAACGACCCGAUUAUUUCGCCGCAAAGGACGGUCUCGCAGGACACAAGAGGUCAUCGUUAUCGAAGAUGACGACGACGAUGACCAUCACGGCGUCCAUGUGGCCGACGAACGAGAGUCGACGACAUCGCGAAGAGGGGCACCUCUUGAUGUUGUGUUGGAUGAGGAAGAAGAAGCGCUGCAGCCUACAGACAUUUUCAUGACGACACCAGCCGUUGAUGUUGCUGUGGCGGCAACGCCGAGCAGUACGAGUAAUGACCGCGUCGAAGCGACCGACCUGUUGCAGCAAGAAGAAGAUCUACAGAUGGGAUUUUUGCUGUACUUUUGCUUGGGUGGCGCUCCCGAUCUCAAUGUCCAGUGGACUACCAGUUUUACGCAGUUGAAGUCCGAUGAGUGUGCAGGACUGCCUCAAGUGCUUCGUUUUCAGCGCCGAUACGUUUUUCUGCAAAGCUUUCCAGUGUGCUUGACGCAGUGCAUUCUCCAAGCUGUGAUUCUUAACAGACAGAAUGUGCCAGAGCAGACCAGUUCGAAGGCUUCCCAAAUAACAUGCGCAUUCAAUGCGUGUAGCAUACGCGCCAAGUAUGAUGAUAUGAUCAGACAGAAGCACCUUUCGUGGGCCAAAUGCGUGAUCAAACACUUGAUGGAACGAGCUCGUGGAACAAGCGAAUUGGCUAUCGAGGAGCUAGAGCUGUCUGUGAAUCCUGCGGCUGUGUCCGACGCUGUAGACAAGGACGACGUCAUCACCGAGUGGAGUCGCCGUCAAGAACUCGCGAUGUAUGCUCUGGCCCGAAAGCUUCGGUGCAGAUCGUUCCUACCAGCGAUGAAGGGCAAUGUGGACACGUCUCCAUCGGUGUACCUCUUUGCACUCAUGUUUGAUGUACUGACGGCGACGAGUGAAUGUCCUCAGUCCGGCACCUUUCGAUUGAAUGGCUUCGGAAGUAAAUUAAUGGCGCACCUCUGGGAUCACACGCUGAAGAAGCUGCCGUACGUGCUUUUUGCUGACUGGUCGUGGCUCGAUGACCAGUCGACGAAGAUGAAGAUGCCGGUAUUGGCUUUCUGUCACGUACUGGCAAGCAUUUUGCUGUGGAACAGUGCAAUUGAUGGCCACAGUCUGACAAAUCCGAACAUCUACGCAGCUGCAGUGACACACCUGCUUUCAAAAGUAUGUAUGAGAGGCCAACCCGUGGACAGGUCUGUUGUCGAUUCCGGCCUUCUCCAACUUGCCGAGUGGGAAUCCACCCACAUUGAGCUGCACAAUCUUGACAGUAAGUUUGCGUCAAUGCUUGGAUUGGACGGCUUCUUUGAAGUGACAGAAGCCAUCGACAACAACAACAAGUAA